CCCGGCUGGGUGUGCGACAGGCAGGCGCGCGUCCGAGAGCCCCUCGCCGCGUCCCUGGCAGCUACCGCCUCCCACCCACCCGCACCCCCUGUUCCCGCCUCUGCAGCCCUCCGCGCCUCCUCUGCUGCCAUCCCUGCAGGUUUCUGUCUCCAUCCUCCCCGCCUGUCUCCCCUCGUUCACUUUCCUCCCUCGAAGCCUCCCCUGGCUGCCGCCGCCCCCUUCUCCUCCUCCUUUUCCUUCUCCCCCUCCAGCGCAGCCCUCUCCUCUCCUCUCCUCUCCUCCUCCGCUCCCCUCGGCCCAGCCCAGCAGUCCUUCCCCGGCGCCGGUGAGCCCCGGGCUGCCCAUGAUGGGCUCCGUGCUCCCGGCUGAGGCCCUGGUGCUCAAGACAGGGCUGAAAGCGCCGGGGCUGGCGUUGGCCGAGGUCAUCACCUCCGACAUCCUGCACAGCUUUCUGUACGGCCGAUGGCGCAACGCGCUGGGCGAGCAGCUCCUGGAAGACAGGAGUCACCACGCCAGCCCCAAGACGGCCUUUACCGCCGAGGUGCUGGCGCAGUCCUUCUCGGGCGAGGUGCAGAAACUGUCCAGCCUGGUGCUGCCUGUGGAGGUGAUCAUCGCCCAGAGCUCCAUCCCUGGCGAGGGCCUUGGCAUCUUCUCCAAAACGUGGAUCAAGGCAGGCACCGAGAUGGGCCCCUUCACUGGCCGUGUCAUCGCCCCCGAGCAUGUGGACAUCUGCAAGAACAACAACUUGAUGUGGGAGGUGUUCAACGAAGACGGUACGGUGCGGUACUUCAUUGAUGCCAGCCAGGAAGACCACCGAAGCUGGAUGACCUACAUCAAGUGUGCCCGGAAUGAGCAGGAGCAAAACCUGGAGGUGGUCCAGAUCGGCACCAGCAUCUUCUACAAGGCCAUCGAGAUGAUCCCCCCGGACCAGGAACUGCUGGUGUGGUACGGAAACUCACACAACACCUUCCUGGGCAUCCCCGGGGUGCCCGGGCUGGAGGACGAGCAGAAGAAGAACAAACAUGAGGACUUCCACCCCGCGGACGCGGCUGCGGGCACGGCGGGCCGCAUGCGCUGCGUCAUCUGCCACCGCGGCUUCAACUCGCGCAGCAACCUGCGCUCGCACAUGCGCAUCCACACGCUGGACAAGCCCUUCGUGUGCCGCUUCUGCAACCGGCGCUUCAGCCAGUCAUCCACGCUGCGCAACCACGUGCGCCUGCACACGGGCGAGCGGCCCUACAAGUGCCAGGUGUGCCAGAGCGCCUACUCGCAGCUGGCCGGCCUGCGCGCCCACCAGAAGAGCGCGCGCCACCGGCCGCCCAGCGCCGCGCUGCAGCCCCAGUCGCCCGCGCUCCCCGCGCCGCACGCGCACGCGCCCGCNNNCGCCGCCGCCGCCGCCGCCGCCGCCGCCGCCGCCGCGCACCACCUGCCGGCCUUGGUGCUGUGAGAGCCGCGUGCAGUUGCCCGCGCUGCGCACUGCACCUCCGCGCCGCGCCCCGUCCCGAAAGGAACCCCAGCCCCGGGGUACGCGCUCUUCGCCAUCCUGUGGCUUGGUGGCUCGGAUCCCCCCUUUUGGAGGAGUCCCCCACGACCGGCCGCAUCCCCGAUCUCCCUCUCGGUGCCCGUGCGCCCAGGGACUGGCUGGGGGCGCGCGUCUCUGCGUCCUGGGGUUGGAGGCCUAGAGAGGCGGGACCCAAGGACAUAGCCUUGAGAGUCGGGGACUGUGGGGGGCCAGGAACAGCCCGCAGAGGCCCAGGGAGCUGCUCCGAGCGCGAUGGCUCCCGGAGUCCCCCGCGGCCCCCGGCUCCGGCCGCGGGCGCCCUCUGGUGUCGCCUCCCGCCUCGCAGCCACUUAGCUGAAUUCCCGUCGGGGGUUUUGUAAGAUAAAGAAACUAUAAUAUUAAUUAAAGAAGUAUAAAGUGUAUAGAGUUUUCCGGAAACUGUGUUCUACUUCCAGAAAAUGGUCACUUUACCUUUGUACAUAGUUAUCUAAAUGAUAUUUACAAAACUGUGAUAUAUAUUAUUUGAUUGUAUAUGUACACCUGUAAAUACAUUUGUACCUCUUGUAUUCUAAAAUAAAAAUGACUGGGAACAUUUCUUCCCUGGCGUUUGAGCGGGUGGGCGCGUGGAAAGAUCAGGAAAGCCCUCAUAUGCUGGCCAGGGGGGGAGGAUGAUUGUCCCAUUUACGGGUGCUGAAAUUCGCCACGGUGCCCUCUGCAGGGAAACAGGUUGUCACCGUUCGGGUCAGACCCCGGAGAGGAGGCCACAAGACUAGCCCAGGCUGGUUUCAGGCUCAUGGUGAUCCUCCUGCCUCAGCCUCCCAAGUGCUGGGAUGAUAAGCGUGCACUGCCACA